UGCCGGCACAUCGUGAGCGGAGCCGGCCACAGCAGCAGCCCGGACUGUAGCACCGCUCCUUCGCCGGCUGCCUCGCGUGGAGAUUCUCUUGCCUUUCUUCUCCUAUUGUAAUUUUUUUCUUUUCCAAUUUAAAAGGGGAGAUAAUUUUUAUUUUUUUUUAGUACUGUAUUUUUUCACCCCGCUUUCCAUCGCGGUUCGCGGCGGGGCUCGCCCUCGCUCCCUCCCAGCACGCAGCGGCUGCACUGGGGCCGUUCCUGCCCGGCUUUGUGCCCUGCAGACCCGGCCCUCCUUUUCCUCCUCCUCCCCCUCCUGCCGUAAAACCUUCACGAGGCUCGGAGCAGCAUCCGAAAGCGCCGCAGCCGCUCGCCGAAAACCACCGACUGCAACAAAACCCCUUUUUAUUUAUUUUUUUUUUUAUCAUAUAUUUCCCCCACCUCCUUCCCCCUCCCCCCUUUUUUUAUUUCUCCUCCUCCUCCCUCCCGCAAACGCAUCAAGGUGGACGCGGAGCGCAAAAAGACCUUUGUUUUAAAAAUGCCCAUGGAGCUGACGCAAAGCCGCAUCCAGAAGAUUUGGCUUCCCAAUGACAACCGCCCUGCGCUGCCCCGCCGCUCCUGUGGGCCUCAGCUUGCCAAUUCCCCCACUGUGAUUGUCAUGGUUGGCCUCCCAGCCCGUGGCAAGACCUACAUCUCCAAGAAGCUGACUCGCUACCUCAACUGGAUUGGUGUCCCCACAAAAGUUUUCAACGUUGGGGAGUAUCGCCGCGAGGCCGUGAAGCAUUACAGCUCCUAUGACUUCUUCCGUCCUGACAACGAGGAAGCCAUGAAAGUCAGGAGGCAAUGUGCCAUGGCUGCCUUGAGGGAUGUGAAGUUGUACCUGACGGAGGAGGCCGGGCAGAUUGCGGUUUUUGAUGCCACCAAUACCACAAGGGAGAGGAGAGGGAUGAUCCUAAACUUUGCCAAAGAGAACGGAUUCAAGGUGUUUUUCAUUGAAUCUGUCUGCAAUGAUCCCAACGUAGUUGCCACCAACGUUAUGGAAGUCAAAUUGUCCAGCCCAGAUUACCGGGACUGUAAUUCCACCGAUGCCAUGGAGGAUUUCAUGAAGAGGAUCAAUUGUUACCAAGCCAGCUACCAGCCCCUUGACCCUGAUGACUAUGACAGGGAACUUUCUCUCAUCAAAGUCAUCGAUGUUGGCCGGCGGUUCCUGGUCAACAGGGUUCAGGAUCACAUCCAGAGCAGGAUUGUUUAUUACCUGAUGAACAUCCACGUCCAGCCCCGCACCAUUUACCUCUGUCGGCAUGGCGAGAGCGAGUUCAACCUCAAGGGGAGGAUUGGAGGAGACUCUGGCCUCUCCAACAGGGGCAAGAAGUUUGCAGUGGCACUGAACAAAUUUGUGGAAGAGCAAAACCUGAAGGACCUCAAAAUUUGGACCAGCCAGCUAAAGAGGACAAUCCAAACAGCAGAAGCUCUCCAGCUGCCCUAUGAGCAGUGGAAGGCACUGAAUGAAAUUGAUGCUGGUGUGUGUGAAGAAAUGACCUAUGAAGAAAUCAGGGAGCAACAUCCAGAGGAAUUUGCUCUGCGUGAUCAGGAUAAAUAUUACUACCGUUAUCCUUCUGGGGAGUCCUACCAAGACCUGGUGCAGCGCCUGGAGCCAGUCAUCAUGGAGCUGGAGAGGCAAGAAAACGUCCUUGUCAUCUGCCACCAGGCUGUCAUGCGCUGUCUCCUGGCGUACUUCCUGGACAAGAGUGCAGAUGAAAUGCCCUACCUGAAAUGUCCCCUGCACACAGUGUUGAAGCUGACUCCGGUAGCCUAUGGCUGCCGCGUCGAGUCCAUCUCACUGAACAUUGAAGCAGUCAACACCCACAGAGAUCGGCCAGAGGAAGCAAAGAAGGGACCUAACCCGCUCAUGAGACGUAAUAGCGUUACCCCUCUAGCAAGCCCAGAGCCCACCAAAAAACCUCGCAUCAACAGCUUUGAGGAGCAUGUGGCUGUUUCUUCUGCCCUGCCAGGCUGUGUUCCUCAGGAAGUGCCCACGCAGAUGCCGGGACAACCUUUACUAGGGAAGGCAUGCCUAACAUGAGCAACUCCCAGAAGCCGUCGUGACUCCGUGGGCACCAUCGCGAGGCCGCUGGCGCUGCCAGCGCCGCCAGCUUCUCAUCCCAUCGCCAUUCCCGAAGCUUGCUUACAAACCGGUCCCCUCCGGCCGCGGCGAGGCUCCGCUCACGCUGCCCGUUCAUCCGCAAAAUCCCGCGCUGCUGAGGGGGGAGGGAUGCAGGAGAGCGGCGGAGGAGCCCAGCUCCCUCCCGGGGUCACCAUCAGCUCUUCAGGCUGCAGCGUUUGCUCUCCUCUCCAGCAUCCUGUAGCAAGCUGUAAAGUGCUUCUGUAGUGCACAGGAGUUUAAUUUUCCUCCCUUUCAGUGGUUUGGAUCUUCUGUAUAGAUGAUUGGUACCCAUCCAUCUCUGGGUGGGGUGUGUAUAUAUGUGGAUGGUGUGGGGUUAGCAGAGAAAUAGGGGGAAGGGGGGGUGGGUAAAGGGGUUUUGCAUUUUUUUUUAUUAUUAUUAUUAUUAAUGUUGUUAAUUACUUUUGAAUAAGCCCCUAACAUGCUGUGCUGCAGUCCCUCACCCACACUACAACUGGUCACACAUGCCAGCCUGGCUCAUGCAGAUCUGUGAGCACCAGGAAAGCAGCUGUGUGAACUCCUUCACUGCAAGAACUGCUGGGUUUAAUAAAAAAAACCAACCCA